CAGAAUGUAAAUGCCCGGGCUUUCGGUUCCCCUUUGUGGAACGUGUCAGAGAUGAGAAAGUUUGGAGGGAGCGUGAGAGUCCCCCCCGUACGUGCGACUGCGGCAGCCUGUUGCGCCGAAGCCGCGCCGCUGAGCCCGAUUCACGCCGGCCAGUUUCUGCGCCUUUGUUCUUGCUCCGCGGCAGUGAAUUGAUGUCACACUUUGUUGCCAGGGCAGGAGAACCGGGGCUGAGCGGGAGAAUGGUGGUGCCUAGCAACAGGUGAUGCCCCCCCCCCCCCCCCCGCCCAUCAGUGGCAGGGUUCGGUCCAAGUGGAGGAGUGGCCUGGUCUCCCAUCGCAGAACCGGGAUGAUUCCGCAGGCUGCGGGAUUGGACACCGGGCUCAAAAACUCUUCAUGUAGAGCUUUAUUUGGAAGGAUUUAAAUUCCGGUGCUCAAGGUUAAAUUUGAAGAUGCCCUUUGAAGUGCCCACACAGCUCCUACGGAACAAGGCGAUUCCUCCGGCACAGUGGGGCAAAGCGCAAAGGCGGAGAGCAGAAGGGAGCUCGCCACUUCUCUUUGGCAAGCUGGUAAUUAAACUGGCUGUUGAAAAGAUUGCCGCUUGCUUUCAUUCACCCAAGGUCUAACGCACAGCACAAGGAACUUGUUUUGCAAUGUUGCUAAAUGUUGGACCCGAUUAAAAUUCCUUGCUACGUGAAGGACGAACGUUUUUUUUUUUUUUUUUUUAGGAUCGUCACUACAGAAGGUUGAGGGCUUCAUCAGCUCGCGCCCGAUUUGCCGUUGGCCGCGAUGCUGGUUCUCGGUCAAUGUGCUCAUCUCCAUAGCUAUCAAAACUCACCUUCGGGAAUCGCGAGUACGUCAGGCAGGGUGUCGCGCAAUUUGCGGCGCGUCCGAGCGUUUAGCCCGUUCCGGUCGGUUCGGGAACGGCUAUGAGUUAUCGGUCCAUUUUCGCUCACGCUGAGACCCGAGCGGAGCUGUUUGGUGUGGCUUCCGAAUGGCAACCGCAUGAUGUAGAAGGCUCCUCUAUCGUCCACGAAGAUGAGGGAAUAGACAUGGAUUCGCUGAACUUGUCUCUCUGUGAAAAGCAAAUGAACGGUCAGUCGGACACCCAUCGUCGGUUUGCCAGCUGGGUCACCUUUGAUGACGAGGAGCCCGGCUAUCGCCAUUCUGGCAGCCCACCUGGGUUUAACCCGCCUGUCCUCGGCCACAGCUCCACCCCAGACGCCGGCAUCAACCUCAUUAGCCUCUCGCCUCCUGGCCAGGCCCGCGCUGUGGAACGACCCCUUUUGGAUCUGACGCCGGAGGGAACCAACCCCGCUUUCACUGCGGACGGCGCGCUGGAGGACAGCAGCUCACCUCAAAGCAGGAAAAACCCCUUUCUAGACGAAGGGCUUUCUCAUAUUCUGCCUUCUCCCAUCAACCCCUUCAGUGCUUUCUUCCACACGCAGGAAACGUCAGGCAAUGGUUGCUCAGAGAAAACGGGUUUCUCGUACAGCGCUCCUGUCACCAGUGCUGAUUUGGCAGAGAGCCAGAGGAAAUCUGUGCCCCUCUUUGCUCAGGUCUUCAACUACAUGGAUGACAAAGACCUGUCCUGUAAUUCCCCUCCUGAGAAGGGCCUGGAGCACCUUAAGAGCCUGUGGACAACUGACUCGGACAAGCGGGCUAGUGCCACGCUACCGGAUGACUCGGUGGACCCCGAGGAGCCCGAAGGCCCGGUCUACCAGCCUGCCCACAUGAGUCCUCAAGACGGCUGGCCCAUGAUGCUGCGCAUCCCAGAGAAGAAGAACAUUAUGUCCUCCCGCCACUGGGGGCCCAUCUUCGUGAAGCUGACUGAUUCCGGGCGCCUGCAGCUGUUCUAUGAGAAGGGUCUGGAGAAACCCUUUAAGGAGUUCCAUCUCGACGGCCGCCACGAGCUCUCUGACCACAAACUGCAGAGCUACGACGAGAGUGGCCGGGUGCACACGGUUAGUAUCGACAGCGUGGCGUACAAGGAGAAACGCAAGAUCCAGCCCAAGGUGACGGUGGUGCACGCUCCCAUCAGGGAACAGUUGGUCAAACUAGGCACCGUUCACUAUGGGGACUUCUUGAGCUUUAUGCACGCCCUGAGAGACACGCUCAUGCGUCUGCCUGUGGAGCCAGAGUCCCCCAGCUCUUCCCCAGCAUACACGGAGGAGGAGGUGGUGGUGGACGUACGAGACGAGUUCCACGGCAUUGUGUCCAAGGGAGACAACAGGAUCUUGCAACAUCUGGUACUGACGCGCGUUUAUGCGCUGGCGUUUCUGACCGGCUCGCCAACCUGCAGGAUUGGCUUCAACGACAUCCAGGUGAAGGGCAACGAGGUGGUUUCUCUACACGACAUCAUCCCCAACACGACGACUCGUUGGAUCAAGCUGAGGGACCGCCGCCUACACGGGUGCGUGGAUGAGAACGAGUUCGCGGACACCAGGGCGGUCGCCUUCACGCCCCCAGUCGGCCGCAGGUUCGAGUUGCUCCGCUUCCGCUCGGUUUUCGUAGAGAAGAGUCUACCCUUCACCCUGAGGACGGUGGCCAGCGUCAGGGGGGCCGAGGUGGAGUUGCAGUCCUGGCUGGCGAUGUCGUCUGGCUUCUCCUCCAACAGAGACCCUCUCGCCUUGAUCCCUUGCGAAAAUGUGAUGAUCCGAUACCCCAUCCCCCUGAUAUGGGCCAAGAACUUCCGCCGGGAAAGCGCCACAGGAGAGAAGUCUCUGAAGGCCAGAUUCAAUAAGGGAGCGAGCUUUGGUUCCAGCAGCACCUCUGGGCUGGAGCCAGCCAUGAGGGUUACCUUGGGAACGGCCAAAUACGAGCACGCUUUCAGGGCUGUGGUAUGGAGGAUAAGCGCCCUCCCUGACAAGAACUCAGCUCUUGGCCACCCCCAUACCUUCUUCUGCCGCCUGGAGUUGGGCUCCGACUGGGAGGUACCACCCAAGUUCCAGCGCUACCUGGACGUGGAGUUCGACAUGCCAGCCGCGUCUGCGUCCAAGACCACCGUGCGCUCCCUGUCUGUGGGUGACAGGACUGACGUGAAGAAAUGGAUCAACUACAGAUCGCACUACUUCUACCAGGUGGAAAUGGAGCAGAAGAGUGACUGCGCGUUGGACGACCUGGAUGCAGGAAAACCCGGGGAGUGCUCUCUGCAGUGAACGACGGAUGGCACCUGGAAGGGAGAGGAAAAUCCAUUUGCACUUUUGAGAACUGACAACUGGAAUCACCCAUGUGCUCUACUGUAGACUGAAAGACUGAGGAUUAAUACCCCCCCACACACACACACACAUACACACACACACACACACACACACCCUUUUUGGGGGGAGAAAAAAACUGGACCAGAUUGGUCUUACUACUUGUCCACUGAUGAUGUACAGCGAGGUGAGACGACAGACUGCACUGGUUUUCACUUACUGUCCGGCAGGCCCUCGGAGGAAGACUCGCCUUCCUGUGGGAUUGUCUGCGGGAGGAGAGCUUUGCAGAAAAUACCCAUGUUGGUUUACAGGAACUAAGGUGCCUUGAGUUCAUCAAACUCCUUCACUAAUGACAGACUAAUCCCUUCAGAGACGCCAUGAAUGAGUGAACGUUAUCUGGUUCUUUGCUUGUACUAUUUUGAUUUGCAUUUUCCCGUUCCAGAAAACCAGGUUUUUGACGGAAGGCCCUGACUUAAUGUGCCAGUUAUGCUACGCCGUGGAUAUGGCCAUGGUCAUUUUGUACUGUACACUGCAUAGCGUUUGCGAUGUACUAAAUUAUGAUUGCCUGGGAAUUUCCUCUAAACAAAAUGCAUUUAAAAUCAGUGACCACUUACAGGUUUUUUUGGUAUUUUACCAUUUCCACUACAAGCCUUAAUUCUAAUGCAAGGCUGACCAGUUAUGCAAGUUGUUGCAUUACUGUAGUUAUGAAUAAAGGGCCAAAUAAUUUUGCACAGGGAGGGGUAAAGUUUUUGGCUUUUGUGUGGGCGGUGUGGCUCGAGCUUCUGGAAUUGACAUGGUUAACCUGUGCAGGUGUACCUCCAGACGGGCUUGGAACCCCCUUCUGAUGAAUGUAUUCUAAACAGCCCGCUCACUGACCGUGAGUAACUGAACAAUUAUACGACGCUUGUAAAACGAUUUCGGAUUGACUUGCGACAAAGCACAAUAUGUUUGACGUGGAAUUUUUUUUUUUUUUUUUUUUUUUUGCUAAGUGACAAGUUAAAGGUCUUUAGCAAUGAGUACUGUGUAUCUCUACAUUUAAGUGGGCAAAGUUGUUGGACAGUGUUUCUGUUCUUAAAAUAUUUCCUACAUUUCAAAUAGGCAGGGUGUGGUGAACUAACAUUGCUUCAAAACUAAUAUUAAAAAUGUGCUAAAGUCAGUCUAAGUAAAGGGUUCGGUGUAAGCAUUUUGUUGAAUACUAAUAUUUGAAGGUGUUAUAUUCUAAACAUACCAAAUUCUAAAGGAAAGUUUAAAAUAAAAAAAAAAAAGUCUUCUAGACUAGGAAACAAACUUAACAUCUCAAACUUUUCUCUCUUUUCACACUUUGAGUCAGGUGGAAAUAGGAAUGUGGAUAUAGAAAUAUGCUUAAAACACACGUUUGUAGAAAUGAAGUGAUUUUUAUUAGUAGAUCAGAUAAUUAUUGCUUGAAGAAUCCUGAUUUCAUUAGUUAUCAAUGAAAUGUUUUACACGCUGCAUUUCAUAAAUGAGUACAUUACCAUUGGUGGUAUAAAUAAAAAAGGUGGAACAAGGAGAAAGUAUUUUGCAUUAUGACUGCUGGUCUGGUGUGUUGAAAAACAAUUAUAGCAAUGUUUGCAGUGAGCUGAACAGCGCUGGAUUAUGAUGCAACUCUGAUCCACAGCAAGCAGUUAAAUAUGAAAACCCUGAAGGCUUUCUGGCAUUGGGUGUUUUAAAAGGGUACUAACGGGAUAGUGUAAACUAGUGUGACUAUUUGAGUAGUUACAGGUAACUGAGCAUUUCCAUGCACUAUAUGCAGUAUUUGCAGUCCUUUAUACCAUAUUUGUUAUGACAUUUCAAUUUUAUCUGGAUUGGGGUAUUAGAACUGGGCCUAAAUUCCACUGAGUCUUGGAAUUUGUAUUCCUGCCAAAUGAUCCUGGCUUCAGCAAAGGAAUAACUCUACAAUGAUGAGCAAUUUUAUGGUUAAAAUAAAAAUGAACCUGCAAUCUAAAUCUCAUUUAU